AUGGAUAACGAAAAAGACGUUGCCUCCGAAGAGGCAGAUGCUAAACUUACUGCCAUGGGAUACAAAGCUGAAUUACCUCGUUCGUUGUCCUUCUUUUCUGUACUUGGGCUGUCGUUUGCGAUUAUGGCUGUGCCUAGCGGUGAGUCGGUGACUCUUUCUAUUGGACUCAAGGAUGGCGGUCCAGUGACGAUCUUCUACGGCUGGAUAUUACUCACUAUUAUUUCAAUAUGUAUUGCUUCAAGUCUAGCCGAAAUUUGCUCAGCAUAUCCGACCUCAGGUGGUGUCUAUUAUUGGUCUGCAAUGUUAGCAAACAAGAAAUGGGCACCUAUUGCUUCUUGGACAACGGGAUGGGUAGGCCUUGUUGGAAAUUGGACAGUGACCACAUCGAUUUGUUUUUCGGGCGGACAAUUAAUAUUGUCUGCUAUUGGACUUUGGAAUGAAGCUUAUAUUCCGAAUGCUUGGCAUGUCGUAUUGAUGUACUGGGCUGUACUGCUCGUAGCGUUGUUAAUUAACAUGUUAGCCUCAAAAUACUUGGAAUUUAUCAAUACCGUAUGUGUUUUUUGGACGGGUGCAUCUGUUCUGAUUAUAGUGGUUACUAUUUUGACUAUGGCAAAGGCAGGAAGAAGAAGUGCGGUAUAUGUAUUUACUGAGUUCGAUGCAACGAGAGCGGGUUGGGCACCAGGAUGGGCUUUUUUCGUCGGGUUACUUCAAUCUGCUUAUACCCUCACUGGUUACGGUAUGGUGGCAGCCAUGUGCGAAGAAGUUCAACAUCCAGAGCGAGAGGUGCCGAAAGCGAUGGUGUUUUCUGUUGUCGCAGCUGGAAUUACGGGUGUCAUUUAUCUCAUCCCCAUUCUUUUUGUUAUGCCCGAUGUUGAUAAACUACUCUCCAUAUCAACCGGUCAACCAAUCGGAUAUCUCUUCAUGACCGCGACAGGUUCAGCAGGUGGUGGAUUUGGUCUCUUGCUUCUUCUCAUUGGUAUUCAAUUUUUCGCUGCAAUCGGUUCCUUGACAGCCGCUUCUCGAUGCCUUUACGCAUUUAGUCGAGACGGUGCGGUACCAGGUUCGAGUAUCUGGUCAAAAAUAAACAAACGAUACGAUGUGCCACUUCAUGCUUUAUUACUCUCAACUUUGAUCCAGGGUCUUCUCGGCCUCAUUUAUCUCGGCUCAUCAGCUGCAUUCAACGCCUUUACCGGCGUAGCUACAAUAUGCCUUUCUGCUUCGUACGCAUUACCUAUUUUCAUACUUCUCCUUCGAGGACGUCAUUUAGUCGAUAGUGCUCCUUUUCAUCUUGGUAAAUUCGGCUAUAUCAUUAAUAUUAUCACGAUCCUCUGGAUUAUUCUGGCUAUCGUGAUAUUUACGAUGCCAACAGCGGUACCUAUCACGGCUUCAAGUAUGAAUUAUGCCAGUGUACUGUUUGUUUCCUUCGCUGGAUUCAGCAUUUUAUGGUAUGUUGUAUCGGGAAGGAAACAUUUCACUGGUCCACCCAUACUUUCGCUGAAAUAA